AUGGUAGGUCUCAUUGAAAAAGUGAAUUUGAGCUUGAAGGAGGCUCAGGGAGGGAGGUCUGUAAAGUGGCAGGCAGGACUCUGCCACAAUGGGGAAAAUGAUUUUUCUAUAUGUCUUGUUAGAUCCAAAACUGCAGAGGGUCUUG